AAGCUGGAAGACUGCAGUCAAACACUGGAGCUGAAUGUCAACAUUAAAGAUGAAGAAGAGGAGGAGAAGAUUGGGAAAUCUGUUAAUCAUGACCAUUUCCGGAGACCUUCUCCCUUACCUCACCUCGCUCAUCAACUCAUCCUUGACCGCUGGCUACGUCCCUUCCGUCUUCAAGAGAGCGAGAGUUGCACCCCUUCUGAAAAAACCUACACUCGAUCCCUCCGAUGUCAACAACUACAGACCAGUAUCCCUUCUUUCUUUUCUCUCCAAAACUCUUGAACGUGCCGUCCUUGGCCAGCUCUCCUGCUAUCUCUCUCAGAAUGACCUUCUUGAUCCAAAUCAGUCAGGUUUCAAGACUAGUCACUCAACUGAGACUGCUCUUCUCUGUAUCACGGAGGCGCUCCGCACUGCUAAAGCUAACUCUCUCUCCUCUGCUCUCAUCCUUCUAGACCUAUCGGCUGCCUUCGAUACUGUGAACCAUCAGAUCCUCCUCUCCACCCUCUCCGAGUUGGGCAUCUCCGGCGCGGCCCACGCUUGGAUUGCGUCCUACCUGACAGGUCGCUCCUACCAGGUGGCGAAUCGCAUCUCUGCAUGUCUGGCAGACAUAUCAGUGUGGAUGACGGAUCACCACCUCAAGCUGAACCUCGGCAAGACAGAGCUGCUCUUCCUCCCGGGGAAGGACUGCCCGUUCCAUGAUCUCGCCAUCACGGUUGACAACUCCAUUGUGUCCUCCUCCCAGAGCGCUAAGAACCUUGGCGUGAUCCUGAGCAACACCCUGUCGUUCUCAACUAACAUCAAGGCGGUGGCCCGUUCCAGUAGGUUCAUGCUCUACAACAUCCGCAGAGUACGACCCUGCCUCACACAGGAAGCGGCGCAGGUCCUAAUCCAGGCACUUGUCAUCUCCCGUCUGGAUUACUGCAACUCGCUGUUGGCUGGGCUCCCUGCCUGUGCCAUUAAACCCCUACAACUCAUCCAGAACGCCGCAGCCCGUCUGGUGUUCAACCUUCCCAAGUUCUCUCACGUCACCCCGCUCCUCCGCUCUCUCCACUGGCUUCCAGUUGAAGCUCGCAUCCGCUACAAGACCAUGGUGCUUGCCUACGGAGCUGUGAGGGGAACGGCACCUCAGUACCUUCAGGCUCUGAUCAGGCCCUACACCCAAACAAGGGCACUGCGUUCAUCCACCUCUGGCCUGCUCGCCUCCCUACCACUGAGGAAGUACAGUUCCCGCUCAGCCCAGUCAAAACUGUUCGCUGCUCUGGCACCCCAAUGGUGGAACAAACUCCCUCACGACGCCAGGACAGCGGAGUCAAUCACCACCUUCCGGAGACACCUGAAACCCCACCUCUUCAAGGAAUACCUAGGAUAGGAUAAAGCAAUCCUUCUGCCCCCCCCCCCCCCUUAAAAGAUUUAGAUGCACUAUUGUAAAGUGGCUAUUCCACUGGAUGUCAUUAGGUGAAUGCACCAAUUUGAGACCAUGUUGAGACAUUCUCUACAUCCAGAGAGCAACAGCAGGAAGAUCACAGAGCUAAGAGGUCUCACCACUGCCCACAUUGUG